AUGGAUUCUUGGAUCCGUAUUUUCCUUAUCGUGCAUCAGCUGCUAAUUCAAGGUUAUAUGAAUGAUAACAGAUACUGCAAAGAGGCCGUUCAAACUGUUAAAACAGUGUCGUCAUGUCCAACUUCUAAAGAACAAUGGGACAAAGCUGCGAGUAAAAAAAAAUGCUGGGAAAAGGCACUUAAGCAGAAUUGCACAAUUCUUGAUAAUUUUGUGUAUCAUUGUGUUAUUAACGGAUAUGGCAAUACAACCUUAGAGGUGUGCGCACCAAAGAGAAUUAUACUAGGUCAUUGCGCAGAGUUCAAUGAGGUCGGUGGAGUUAUUCAGGAUCAACAGUUAUCUCCUUGCAGUGACGUAUUCCCUAAAUGUGAUCACUUUUAUUGGUCAUCAGAAGCUUUCAAAUAUGAAGAUUGUUAUAAGCUGGUAGAAGCAAAUGAAAUAACUACAACAUUAACAACUGUAAAACAUGUACUAUCAAACGAAACAAUUGGCGGAAUAAUCAAGGGUUAA